UUCAAUGUUUCAAUUCUGAAGAGGAAAAGGAGUGAGGCUGCUUGAAGCUGACUUUUAUUAUAGUCUGAGUCGUUUUUAAUCCACUGCUGUAGUUUUAUCAAGCUGUUUUUCUAAAGAAAUUUUCAGUCUUUUUUAACAGAACGUGCGUCGAGGCUGUAGUUGCGGCGAAAAGCACCAAAAGAUUUAUGAGGCGUUUUUUGUAGAUGAUGUUGACAGGAGAUGAACCAAUAACAACACUGCCUCAUUUUAUUGUGGUACUUUUGGACUGCUGAAGUUUCGGGUCACCUGAGGCACACUUCACUUCCUUAUCAAGACUUGAUACGUUGUUUUGCGCGCUGACGUCCACUUUACCUUGUUUAUUUCAUGAAUGGAGUUUCUCAGUCUGUGGUUUUGAUGAAAACGGACAUCUGUCAGCGUAUCGCCUGGUUUUUGGCUUGAAUCCUCGGGUUGUUCAACUGGAAGCUUGUGUUGUAGAGUCUUGCUGGCAAAAGUGGCAGUCGAUUAAGUGAUACAAAGACAGCUUGUGCUGCAGGGUUCACCAGUGCACUCGUACUUCCGCUCUCCUGCAGACUGUGGUUUCAGAGAAGAGUGCUGCUGCAGGGUCCAGCUGUUGUCCACCAGCAGAGGAGAUUUCCUCAAGAGGACACCUGCAGACUGUCAGACCCAGCUGGGUGACCUGUAGGCUCUGUACGUGUGUGUGGGCGUGUUUACCAGCUCUAAUGGUAGCAGAUAGAAAAAAAAAUCCCCUGUGACAGGAUUCAACUGCCUCACCAUGACAGAGGUCCAGACUCCAUGGCCGCAGGGCACAGAAUGUGUGGCCAGGUACAACUUUAAAGGCACGUCAGAACAGGACCUGCCCUUCAACAAAGGGGAUGUGUUGACUAUUAUUAUUGUCACAAAGGAUCCAAACUGGUACAAAGCUAAAAAUGCUGCAGGUCAAGAGGGAACCAUUCCUGCCAACUACGUUCAGAAAAGGGAAGGUGUGAAACAUGGAGGCAAGCUGAGUCUAAUGCCAUGGUUUCAUGGGAAGAUAACUCGAGACCAGGCUGAGCAGUUGCUAAACCCCCCAGAGACAGGCCUGUUCUUGGUGCGAGAGAGCACCAACUUCCCUGGCGACUACACUUUAUGUGUGAGCUGCGACGGAAAGGUGGAGCACUACCACAUCAUCUACAACAAUGGCAAGCUGACAAUCGAUGAAGAGGCGUUCUUUGAAAACCUCAUGCAGCUGGUCGAGCACUACACCAAAGAUGCCGAUGGCUUGUGUACCAGACUAAUAAAGCCAAAGCUGGAGGAGGGGACAGUGGCCGCUCAGGAUGAGUUUUCUAGGAGUGGCUGGUCCAUGAACAGAAAAGACCUAACGCUGAAGCAGGUCAUUGGAAAAGGAGAGUUUGGAGAUGUAAUGGUGGGAGACUAUAGAGGGACUAAAGUAGCUGUGAAGUGCAUAAAACAUGAUGCUACGGCACAGGCCUUCAUUGCAGAGGCUUCUGUCAUGACGCAAUUACGGCACAAUAAUCUGGUGCAGCUGUUGGGAGUGAUUGUGGAAGAGAAUGGCAGUCUGUUUAUAGUAACUGAGUACAUGGCUAAGGGCUGUUUGGUUGACUACUUACGCUCCAGAGGUCGGACGGUACUCGGUGGAGAUGCUCUUCUUAAUUUUGCACUAGACGUCUGCGAAGCCAUGGCAUACCUGGAAGCCAAUAACUUUGUCCACAGAGACUUGGCAGCCCGCAACGUUCUGGUAUCAGAUGACAACAUCGCCAAAGUCAGUGACUUCGGCCUGACGAAGGAGGCCUCGUCCACUCAAGAUACAGCCAAACUUCCUGUGAAGUGGACCUCCCCAGAGGCCCUCAGAGAAAAGAAAUUUUCAACCAAAUCAGACGUUUGGAGUUACGGCAUAUUGCUUUGGGAGAUUUACUCUUUUGGUAGAGUGCCUUAUCCAAGAAUUCCAUUAAAAGAUGUUGUGCCUCGAGUAGAGAAGGGAUACAAAAUGGACUGUCCAGACGGCUGUCCUGAGGUGGUGUAUAACAUCAUGAAACAGUGCUGGAACCUGGAACCUGCUGGUCGACCAAGCUUUCAGAUGUUGAAGGAGUGGCUACAACAUAUCAGCCAAGGGAGGGGAAAAAGACAAUGAGGGAUCUGUGAGACAGAAACAGACAUAAAACUGACUUUUGCACCUCUAUUUUGACCGCCAGGAACCAUAACCUGGGAUUAAAACAAAGAUAAAAGCUGAAUUAAUGGGAAAGUUGUUGAUAAGCUUUCAAAUAUUACCAUUAUUAAGUUUGUUAUCCCUCAAAUCAAUUUGUUCAAAGUUCAGUAAGUCAAUGUGGAUCAGUUUUCCUGCGUGUGGUAUCAGGAGUGAAUGAUUAACUGUCAUAUUUAGAAUCUGUCCUUAAAACAGUGCUGCCUCAGAGCCACAGUGCCUUUGUGAUUAUUGUUUUUUAGUGAAAUCCUUGGUAUUAUUGAUACCAUUAUUUUAUUCCAUGUAGUUAGUUAACAUCAUUUGACUGACUUUACAUGAUCCAUGAUGUCUGUUUAAAAAAAGGAAAUAUGCUUGAAAAUAGGAAAACAAUUUAGAUAUUUGACUUUUCAUUGUACAACUUUUUUCAUCAUUUCCAGGUACACCAUCAUGCAUGAAUGUUGAAUUAUUUUUUUUAAACAACUAAGUUAAAAUGUCUAAUUAUACAGCUCUAUUUUUGCAUUGUUUUUUUUUAUUUACGUUUUUCUUGCCUACUUUUUCAUCCUCUGUUUGUCAAAGAAAAGCACAAGUUGAAAAAAAGUCACCUUACUACUGAUAAUUCACCAUCCUGUGCAUGCAUUUAGGUAAUGGUACACCUGUUUUGUCAUUUGUGUGUCCUAUUGGAUGUCACUAUUGCUGGCUACAAAACAAACUUACAAGUUCCAUCACAGAACCUGAACCUGUAUGUACACAGUAUUCCAUCCAACAUCAAUAAAUGUUUAAUUUUGGGAAUAUCUGUAUUUGACCAAAAUGUCUACAUUUUGUACUUAUUGAAAUAAAUAAAUAAAAUGUUGCUCUCUA